AUGCCAGGGGCUGCUGCGGAGUAUUCGGAUAAUAGUGGUGAAACAAAAGAUUUUCCUCUCAAAAAGAAAACAACAGAACUUCAGGAAUCACAGGGGGACUAUGGAAAAGAUGAACCGUCCUCAUUCAAGAAACUUGUGUCGCACUAUGCAGCCACUACUACUGCACAUGGUGUGGGGAGGAUAGCGGACGCGAAGAGUUCAUUAGUGAGGCGUUUGAUAUGGAGUUUGGUUAGUGUUGGUCUGUACGCAACAGUGUUUUGGAUGUGUAUUGCCUUAGUUGUAUUAUACAUGAAAAAACCAGUUGUGUCCAGAACAGAGAUGAGCUUUGAGGAGUCCCUGGACUUCCCUGCAGUCACAAUCUGUAAUUUGAAUAUGAUAAGGAGAGAAAAGCUGGAAACACUGCAAAAAACAAUCCUUCUCCGAGUGAUUGAAGGCCUGGAACAAAGAAGUGGGAGAAGACCGACCAGUCUAGAACAGCGAGUUAACAUUACAAGCAUAAACGCAACCGAAGAUGUUAUACGACAGAAAAUUCAGGCAAUAGCAAAAUUUAAGAAGGAAUAUCUUCUAUCCAAGGCAAAGAACGCAGACGAGAAGGAAAUUUUAUCCAACGCUGAGGUGGAUAUUAAAAGCUUAGAAAAUAACUUCUUAGAUAAGGUUUUGAAAAGUAUCCCUGAGGAUGAGCUGUCCAAGGUUGGACAUGAUCUGGAUGAGAUGUUAAAGUACUGCCGAUGGUCGUCUUUUAAUUGUAAAACAGGUAGUCUCAGAACGCUUUGGCGCCACUUCUGGCAUUGGAAGUACGGUAACUGUUACAUAUUCAACUCAGGAUUAACUGAGAAUGGAACAAAGCUUCCUGUUAUGAAUACGGAUAGAGCUGGACCUAAUAACGGUCUAGAGUUGGAUAUCUUCAUUAAUCAACAAAGUUAUACAAGGUUGACUGAUGAGGCUGGUGUCAGAGUUGUAUUAACCGACCAAUCGCGAAUGCCUUUUCCGUUUGACGAAGGCUUUAGUAUUCCCACUGGAUUUGCAACGUCGAUUGGAAUAAAAAAGAAAUUCGUUAAAAGAGUAGAUCCGUAUUUAAACAACAGCUGUGUUGACGAUGGGAAAGCCGGAGUGGAUACUCGGACCAUUUACACAGAAAAGUACUACGUAAAUUACUCGACCCAGGCUUGUAGAAUGUCGUGUUUAGCAUCCGAAGAAGUCGAGACAUGCAACUGCUCCGAAGCAAGAUUUCCCAUCAACAGUUCAGCAUGUUUUAGUGAGGAGCAGAACAAAUGCAUUAACGAUAUACUAAGAAAGUUCACUAAAACUGGACUGGAUUGUAUCGCUAAAUGUCCACAACCAUGUUUAGAGAACGCUUUCAGUCGUUCAGUUUCAAGUGCAGGCUGGUCAACGGCAUUUGAUGCCAUGAUUCGGAGGCUUUAUCUCAAGAAUCACCCCAAGGCAAAACACAUCGCGUUAAGGGACAAUUUUCUAAGACUGCAAAUAUUUUAUGAAGAUCUGAGUGUUUUUAAAACCAUCAACGAAGAGGCAUACAAGAUCGAAAACCUCCUCGCUGAUAUCGGAGGUCAGUUGGGCCUGUGGAUUGGUUGUUCAGUUAUGACUUUUGUAGAAUUAUUAGAAUUCAUGGCCAACUUGUUGGGUUACCUGUGGGAAAAGUGGCAUAAGUAGUUGUCAUGCAGAAGAGGAAAAUAGCAACUCAGGAAGCUCUGAGCCCUCUGAGCUUAAAUCUUCGUGUGGCACGUUUAUUUUUUUGUCUUGUAUCAGUCUCUUUUAACAGUAUUUUUUGUUUGUUUGUAAUCAGUUAGCCAACAGUUUAUGUAAAAGUUAAUCUGGAGCGUGUGACCUUUUAAUAGAACUCGGUUACUGAAUUGGCUAAAUAAGAAAAUUCCUAGAAAGCUGGAGUAU